AUGGCUCAAAUUACUCUAUCAUUAUUACUUACAUUUCUCAUGCGUUUUUUUGAACCAUGUUCUUCAAUGCCUACUUGGCAUGCUUGGCUUUUGGCUAUAGCGACAAUUGUAAUUCCAUUAUUUGCAAGUCUUACUAUUCAUCGGUAUUUUUAUCAAAGUGAUAUGUAUGCUCUACAAAUUUCUGUGGCUUAUGCCGGUUUAGUUUAUCGUAAAAUUGCUCCAUUGUUAACCAUUUUCAUUACUAUAGUAUUCUGGCAUUUUGUUAAAUAUAUUGCUUUUAUUGCUAUGGGAUUUUCUGUUUCUUUUCUUCUUAUUCAAUCAUUAUACAGUCGUAUUUUUAUUCGAUUACGUACAAAAAUUCUUCGAAUAACUGAUGAACGUAUAAAAAUAAUAUCUGAAAUAAUUAAAUCAAUGCGUAUUGUAAAAAUGUAUUGUUGGGAAACAGCAUUUAGUAAAAGAAUUUAUCUUAUUAGAAAACAUGAAAUACUUCAAUAUACUUUAUAUGCUCUAUAUGAAUGUAUUCAAAUGGUAUUUUCAAAUAAUUUUAUUCCUAUAUCUUUACUGCUUAUGUUUGGAACAAUGUGGUUAUUUAAUAUACGAUUUGAUACAAAUUUCUUUGCUAUUGCUGCUUGUAUAUUGAGUUUUAUGAGACUAUAUGUUAUUGAAUAUUUUUCUCUUGGUACUCAAUUUAUUUCGAAUUAUUUAGCUGCACGAAAAAGAAUUGAAUCAUUUCUAUUACUUGAUGAAUGUGAUCGAGAUAAUCGAUUGUUAUCAUCAUCAUUAUCACAAGAUUUGGAAAUGUUAUCAUCAAAUGAGAUGAAAAUGGUUAAUGAUAAUAUUGAAAAAAAUAUACAAAAUGGAUUAUUUGCAUUAAAAAAUAUUAUUUUUGAUGCUCAUCCAAGUGAUUUAAUAUGUAUUAUUGGACCUGUUGGAUCAGGCAAAAGUUCACUUUUACAAACCUUAACUGGUGAAAUAGCUUAUUUUGAUGGAAAAAUUCGAUUACAUGGAUCAUAUUGUUAUGUACCACAAGAAGCAUGGAUAUUUUCAUCAACAGUAAAAAAUAAUGUUCUGUUUGGAAAAGAAUACAAUCAAAAUUUAUUUCAAUCUGUUGUAAAUGUUACUGCACUUGAUACUGAUUUUGAACAGUUAUCUAAUGGUGCCAAUACUCUUGUGGGUGAUCACGGUGUGAUGUUAUCUGGAGGUCAAAAAGCACGAGUGAAUAUGGCACGAGCUUUGUAUCGUAAUGCUGAUAUUUAUCUAUUAGAUGAUCCUCUUUCUGCUGUUGAUGUUAAAGUUUCCAAACAUCUUUUUGAAAAAGCAAUUAAAAGUUAUCUUCAUGAUAAAAUUUGUAUCUUAGUCACUCAUCAAAUACAAUUUUUACAAGAUGCAACAAAAAUAAUUGUUCUUAAUAAUGGUGAAAUGGUUCAAAUGGGUACAUAUAAUGAAUUAAUAACUUCUUCAACUUCAUUCGCUCAUUUAUUGGAAGAUAUUCAUCAGCAAAAACAUGAAUUUUCAAGUGAUAUUGAACAACAACAAUCAAUCAUUAGUACAGUAUGUUUAGAAGAAGACAAUGAAGAAGAUUUAAUGACAAAUACUGAUACAAAACAAGAAGGAUCUAUCAGAUGGAAUGUUUAUCGAUCAUAUAUAAGAGCUGGUGUUGGCUGUAUUUUUGGUUUUUUCUUUAUUUUACUUAUUUUAAUUGCAAAUCAAGCUAUAUUCUUAUGUAGUAGUUGGUGGUUAGCAGUAUGGACUGAUGCUGAAACUCAUCGAUAUAAAACUUUUGAUAAUUGUACAUCAAUUAGUGCUAAAAAAGUAAAUAAUAUACAUUCGAUGACUGAAAAUGAAUGGAAUAUAUAUCGUAAUCGAAAAUUUUAUAUCUAUUGUGGUAUUAUACUAUUAUUAUUAUUAUUAACAUUUUUACGUGCAUUUACAUUGAAAUUAAUGUGUUUAAAUGCUGGACGAGUACUUCAUAAUAAAAUGUUUCAACGAGUCAUUCGUUGUCCGAUUUCAUUUUUUGAUAUGAAUCCAGUUGGUCGAAUUAUAAAUCGUUUUACUCGAGAUAUUGCUGUAAUAGAUAAUAAUCUAUUAUUUAGUUUUCCAAAUUUUUUAGAAUAUGUGGCUAUCGUUCUAGGAGUAAUUGUCUUAAUUGGAUUAAUUAAUCCUUGGUCAUUUAUUUCAGCUAUAAUAGGAAUAAUUGGAAUGUUAAUAGUACGUUAUCGUUUUGCUCGAUGUUUUCGUGAUUUAAAACGAAUUGAAGGUAUAACACGAAGUCCUGUUUAUUCAUGUUUAUCAUCAACUAUUCAUGGAUUAAAAGUUAUUCGAUCUUAUUAUGCUGAGAAAAUGUGUUCGAAAGAAUUUCUUUCUUAUGUUGAUGAUAAUAGUCGAGCUAAUUUUUUGAUUGUAACAACUGAAAGAUGGGCAGCUAUACGUUUUGAAUGGAUAACAUUAACGUUUCUUAGUCUUGUUACAUCAUUUGCUAUACUUGUACGUCUUUAUCAACAAGAUUUUUCAACAGCUGAUAUUGCACUUACAUUUUUUUAUAGUCUUAGUUUACUAGGACUUCUUCAAUGGACAAUUAGACAAUCAGUAAGAGUUGAAACGGAAAUGACAGCUGUUGAACGAAUAUUAGAAUAUUGUUCACUUGAACAAGAACCGUCAGUUCAAAUUUUAAAUAAACAUCGACCACCAAAUAAUUGGCCAUUAGAAGGUCAAAUUGUAUUUAAAAAUGUUUCUAUGAAAUAUUUAAGAGAUGAAUCUUCACCACUUGCUUUACGUAAUAUAACAUUAACAAUUGAAGGUGGUGAAAAAAUAGGUAUUGUUGGAAGAACUGGUGCAGGAAAAAGUUCAUUUAUUCAAACACUUUUUCGUAUGGGAAUACUUGUUAAUGGUCAAAUUGAAAUUGAUCAUAUUGAUAUAACAACAAUUGAAUUAGAUGAUCUUCGAAGUCGUAUAUCAAUUAUUCCACAAGAUCCAAUUCUUUUUACAGGUACAAUUAGAUAUAAUCUUGAUCAAUUUAAUAAUAUUUCUGAUGAUCAAAUAUGGAAUGCAUUAGAAGAAGUACAAUUAAAAACUUUAGUUAAUGAUUUAAUGUUAGAUGGACUUGAUUCAUUAAUUAGUGAAAAUGGUUCGAAUUUAAGUAUUGGUCAAAAACAAUUAGUAUGUUUAGCAAGAGCAAUAUUAAAAAAAAGUAAAAUUCUUGUUAUUGAUGAAGCAACAGCAAAUGUUGAUAAUGCUACUGAUGUAUUAAUACAACAAGUUAUUCGAAAUAAAUUCAAAGGAUGUACAGUAUUAACAAUAGCUCAUCGUUUAAGGACUGUAAUUGAUAAUGAUCGAAUUAUGGUAUUAAAUAAUGGAGAAUUAGUUGAAUUUGAUACACCAUCGGCUUUACUAUCAAAUCCAAAUUCAUAUUUUGUUUCAUUAGUAGACCAAACUGGUUCAGCUGAAGCUAAAUAUCUUCGAACAUUAGUAAAUCGUAAGAAUAAAAAAAUAAAAUUGAUAAGACAACAAGCAUUUGAUAAUGAUGAUGAUGAUGAUGAAUUAACAUCAACAAUAAAUGAAAACGAUCCUCUCUUAGUAUAA